GACAGAAUCUUACUCAAAAACAGACACAAACAUGCUCACACACACUCUGAAUUGUUCAGAUAGACAGGUUUGCAGUGUGUGUGUGUGUGUGUGUGUGUGUGUUCAGUACCUGCUGCUGCUGCUCUGAGUGUUUCUGCUGAUCUGCUGGAGCACAGUAAAUAUAGCCUGAAGUGUCCAAUAUCAGCAGCUGACACACACACACACACACACACCAGCCUGUAGGCCGCCUGCUGUUGGGGGGGUGUAAAGUGUAAUGGGGCGCUGUGUGAUCUGUUAUGAGCUGGAUCAGCUUGCCGGGUCAUCAUUAACUGUGUGACUGAAGCAGAAUCUCCUCAGAUCAGACAGAGGGGGAUGAGCAGACUCUGCUGGGUUUGGGUUUGGGUUAUCAGCGCUUCUGCAUGUGAGCGGGUGACGGCUCUGGGCUGGAGUCUGACAGGUGGAGCCAGAACUUCCCUGCUCUCUUCUGCAUUUCUGAGAGCGGACGGAACCUGCCUAGUUCUGCUCUGCGCCCGAGGCUGUGCUUCUGUCAGCUGUGAGGAUGCUCCUGCAAAAUCCCACAUGGAGGAUUUCAGCUGGGUUUUCCAUAGUGUCAUUUAAAAGUGUCCGCCAGAGGUCUCAGCAGGACGGGCUGCACAGUGCUGGUUCAGCCGCAGAUGAAUGCGCGGGUCACAUUUAUAACGGGUCAGAUCAGCAGAUCAGCGGACUGACGGAGGCGGAGACCUGCACUGAGGAUAUUUCUGUGCGCAUGCCCGCGUGCGCGCGUCACCGGGUCACGGGGACGCCGGAAUUCCCCAGCCCACGUGACAGCGCGAUGAAACAGGCGGAAGUAAAACAUAAACACACACAGAGGCGGAAGAGAAACACACGCACAGCGCUAUGGACGGCGAGCGGAUGGACAGUCUGGACGGCUGGGUCGCGGUCAGGAGCGACGCGUUCGCGGAGAGCGAGCGUCACCGGCUCCGGUUCAUCGUGGAGUGGAACGAGAUCGAGGCGAAGUUCGCGGUGACCUGUCACGACCGGACGCUGCAGCGGCGCGGGGACGCGAGCGGGAGUCGCAGCGCUCUGUUUUCCAGCGCGCAGCUCGCGCACGCGCACAACCAGCUGAGCGCGGUCACGCAGGAGCUCUCCGCGCUGUUCCCGGACCUGUCGGCGUUCCGCGAGCCCGGCCUGUGGGAGCUGCUGUUCUCCGGCGCGCCGCGGGGCGAUGCUGACGCGCCCUGCCGCCUCCUGGAGCGCUACCUGAGCGUCGCGGUGGACGCGUGCGGCCGCAGGAUCGUGCUGGACGCGCUGUUCUGCGUCUCCGAGGAGGAUGAGCGUCAAUACUUCGAGAACAUGCAGGAGUUCAAGAGCAGAGCCAUGCGCGAGCACCUGACGCGCACCGGGGACGCGCUGCGGGCGUUGGUCCAGACCCACGGCUCGGCUGACGGGCUCCUGCAGCUGAUGAUGGUGUUCCAGCAGGAGGACGAGGCCUUCCGGGAGUUCCAGAGCGAAGCCACACUGUACUACCAGAACCUGCUGCAACCCUUCAGGGACAUGAGGGAGAUCGCCACACUGUACAAGACGGAGAUCCUGAAGUGUCUGCAGUAUGAGGAACUGGGCCCGAAGCGUGUGAGUGAACUGGAGGCUGAGAUGAAGGAAUGGAACCAGCGCGGAGAAACAGCAGUCCAGUCCAUACAGGAGCUCACAGCAGAGUACUUCAGGGAGACCAGCAGAGCACUGACAGGAAUGGUGAAGCAAAUGGAACAGGAUCAGAAAAGAUUUGGCCACGCCUCUUGGGCAAAAGCCACGCCCAGACAAGAGAAUCUUAAAUUUCUAUUGGCUAAAGAGACGCUGCAGCACAUGAGGGCCAAAGAGAUGUGCAUCAAACGCACGAGAGACGAGAUCCGACAGAAGAUGCGCAGUGUGGCAGAGGCUGGAGUGUGUGUGGUGAGCGCGCUGGAGCUGCAGUAUUAUGAGACACAGCUGGAGCUGCAUGACUGCAGGUUCGAGAUCCUGAAGAAUGAAGAGCUGCUGCUGGUGACACAGAUCCAGACAACACAGCGGCAGAUGAAAGAACUGCAGGAACAGGUGGUGUAUUAUGACACCUGUGAGGACCCCCAGGAGCUGCAGGAUGUUCAGGUGGAUGUAAGCCCCGCCCACACACACCUGCAGCAGCAGCUCAGACACCUGGAGAACAAACGAGGAGCCAUUUCAUCACGCAGAGCUUACCUGAGGAACCAGCGGCGGCGUCAGGGUCAGUUUGUUUUACAGACUGCUAAAGUGAAUCCCGAGUCACAUGACUCCAGCAGAGAUGACUCCUCCCAGCCCCUGUCAAUCAUCAGCCUGGAGCCGCAGAGCUCCACCCCCAAAAGGAAGGGGCGGAGUCAGAAGCAGCGUGACAUCCCAGUACAAAUUCUGCUGCCUCCUGAACCUGGAUCAGCGAAACCAGACCAGACUCCUGUCCUGGCUCCUCCCCUAGCUCCGCCUCCUCCUCCCCCUGCUCCUCCUCCCCCACCGGCUCCUCUGGCCCCUCCCCCUGCUCCGCCCACCAGUGUGAAGGUGCCCAUCCGCAGCAGCCUGGAGCAGAACGCAGGGUCGAUGGAUGCGCUGUUGGCGUCUCUGCAGCGCGGUCAGCAGCAGCUGCGCAGGGUUACGGUGGACAGCGAUGGCGACAGCGGCGGUGGCGACCCCAGAAACAACCUCCUGUCAGCCAUUCGUCAGGGCGUGGCUCUAAAGAAGGCUCCGUCCACCCGUGCCCCGCCCCUCAGAGACUCAGAGCUGGAGCGCAGCAUCAGAGCCGCCAUGAUGAGGAUGAAGAAGGUGUCGAACGAGUCUGAGGAUGAAGAGCGCAGCGACUCGCCGUCCGGAGACUGGGACAGCUAAUGCGUAUGCGUGUGUGUGCAUGUGUGUGCGUGUGUGUGAGAGAGUGAGAGAGUUGAUCAUUGCUGUGCCUGUACAUUAGAGCAUCUGACUGAACUCCAAACACACAUCUGCUCACCCACAAUGCAUUGCUGCCGCUGUGUGUUGAGCUGUGCUCGAGUGUAACGGGAUGCAGCAUCAGCUCUCGUCUGUGUUCACUCAUCAUCCUCCAGCUCCGUGUCUGAAGCAGCAUCAGUGAGCUGAACAACACAAGCAAACAAACACCUGUACAGAACCACCUGUGUGUACACAAACAUUGCCAAAUACUGUGUGUGCGUGUGUGUGUGCGUGUGCGUGUGCGCGUGUGUGCGCGCGCGCGUGUGUGCGUGCGCGCGUGUGUGUGUGUGUGUGUGGCAGAUCAGCGCUGUUUAAGAACACCGUCAGCAGUGCCUUAUAUGUGAACGGGAUAUUGCCGGCGUGUCUGUGAUUCAGUCUGGUGACGAGUCUAAUAUAGUGAGAGUCAGUUCAUCAUCUCCAGUGUGAGAAAUGAUGGAGAUCUUACAGGUCUGAUCUGUCUCAUAUGCAAAUCUCCAGAAGCAAGUGGCUCACACAAGAUUGCUUUCAGAAAUGAAUCAAAACUUAUUUCCAUCAAGAUUAUUUCAGCAUUCGUCACUCAGGAGAACAUCCCUCUGUGUCUAGAAAACACUUCUCCAGUCAACAGUUAUAAAGAUAUCUGGACUAGAAACAACACAGAAACUCUGAUAAAGCAUAGCGCUGUGUGUGUGUGUGUGUGUACAGGAGCUCUGAGCGCACACACAGCGCUGCACCAACAACACUAACAUGAGGAGUAACGCUCCGCACCGGUAUCUCUGUGGGACAUCCUGCAUUUACACUGACAGCAGCAGCAGUGUGUUUGCUGUAACACCUCUAAUAAAUGAAGCAGAUUCAUAA